UGGGGCUAUCCACAUACCUAAAGUUAGGCAUGUUCCUAAGUGCUUUACUAGACUGGGGCGAGAACACUGAGGACUCAGCAGGACUGAGCUCUAAGAAAAAAGAGCAGAUAAAGAGAGAAGGACAGAAUCAAUACCAAAGUGCAGGGCGCAUUCUCUUCAACCUGAGGCCUGAAAAGUCAAACUGUCAGAGAGAGAUGAAAGGGAGGAAGAGCAAAGGAGAAGACAUAACCUAUGCAGACCCAGAUAUGGGAUCAGAACUGAGACUCAUCCUCGUUGGUAAAAGUGGAGCUGGGAAAAGUGCGACAGGAAACUCCAUCCUUGGCGAAGAAAAGUUUGUGUCCAAGCUCGGAGCAAAGUCAGUAACUGUGACUUGUGCAAAAGGGCAAAGGAGCUGGAAUGGGAGGGAGCUUGUGGUUAUUGACACACCUGCCAUUUUUGAUGGAAAGGUUUGUGAUACAAUAAUUUCAGGAGAGAUUGGUCAUUGUAUCGUGCUCUCUGCCCCUGGCCCCCAUGCUCUGCUGCUGGUGACCCAGCUGGGCCGUUACACUGAAGAAGACAAGGAAGCAGUGAAGCGAAUACAGGAGAUUUUUGGAGUUGAAGCCAUGAGGCACAUGAUCGUCCUGUUCACCCGGAAAGAAGAUUUAGAGGUUGGCUCACUGCGUGACUAUGUGAGAUACUCAGAUAAUAAAGAUCUUAAGGGGCUGAUUCAGAAGUGUGGGAACCGAUAUUGUGCUUUCAAUAACAAAGCAACUGGAGCAGAACAGGCUGAACAGGUUUCUGAGCUGAUUGAAAUGAUCCAGGGAAUGGUUCAGGAGAAUGGGGGCAGAUAUAUCAGUGAGAUGUAUUUAACUGAACAAAACAUGAGACGCCCUAUGGGAAUAAAUAAAACAGCCACAGUGAAGGCUGUGAAAGCAGGUUUUACAAAGUAUCAUGAGAUUAUUUUGGGCUUCGGGUUUGCUGCAGUUUGUAUUGUUGUUGUUGUACUUCUCCUGAUUUUUCUCUCUCAUUAACAGCCAUUAAUAAAGUUUCAUUGCAACCUAACCCUGCUGCUUCCCAAACCCUGCAUCUCAGCUUCUCAGGCACCCUCACCCUUAUGUUAGUGCAUCACAUUCAUACAAAAUAGCAGUAAUAAUGUUAAUAUUUCUUCCUUAUUAGCAUUAUGUAUUAUACUAUUACUGAGUUCUCAUAUAGAGAUUUUGAUAAGUAGCCCUCAACAUGCUUUAUAAAGGAGGUUGGUAUAAUUCUCCUCAUUUUACAGAUAAGGAAACUAAGGUUCAGAGAGGAGAGGUGAUGUGAUUUGCCCAUAGUCACUCCGCAGGCGAGUGACAGAACUGGGAAUAGUCCGGUGGUCCAGCCAUGAGGCCUCAAUAUUAGGUUGCUUUAAAGAUUCUGGACCAAACUCUGCCCUCACUUACCCUGCAUUUGCAGUAGUUUGAUUCCAUUAAUUUCAGUGAAGUAAUCUGGAUUAUGGUCAUGUAACUGCUCCCAGUUACUCUGGAGUUGCAGUGGGGUAGCUCUAUUAAUUUCAGUGGAGUAUUGUGAAUUUACAGUUAUGCAACAGACUACAAUGUAGCCCUCUGAACAGAUGUGUCAAAUAACUUCAGUUGUUAUGUAAACUCUGAGACAUUGAACACUGUGAAGUUUCCACUAAAAAUUAAAUCUUGAAGAUUUAGAGGGCCAAGCUUAGACCUGGGAGUAGAUGAAACUCCAUUGGCUUCAGUUACACAAGGAAUUAAUGGGGCCCAUUAUGUGUACUUUCAUUAGAUACUUUGAAAGCAAAGAAUGUAAAAUCACCAGCGAUAUGCAUAUGAAAUAUGGUAAUAUAUGGAAUUGUUACUUUAAAAAAAUAACCUUCAGUUUCUUUCUCAGUUAGAACUGCUGCAAAUACUAUGGCAAUUUUCCCUAAAUAUAGAGAUCAGCAUUUGUCCAGUACCUUGUGUGAACGAAUCAUGAGAACACCAAAACCUUUUCUGCGGCUGAAAUCCAUGUAAUAGAACACGUGACAGUGCUCAGGGCCAGCACAAUUAGGCGGAUGUUCAGCCGCCGCCAUCAUCGGCGGGUAUUUCGGGGGCGCCAUUUGGGGGGCGGGACCUUCCGCUGCCUGGGGCACCAAGAAGGCUGCCGGAGCUCCUGACAGUGCUGAUUCAGGGAAUGCAAUUCAUUUUUGCGGUGAUUUCUGUUUCCAGGCUCUUUGACUUCAGUGAUUUUUCAGGACUGUAGGGUAUAUAAAUCUGCAAACAAAAGGUGUCACUCUGUUUCUGAUGCACCGUUCUGCUUCUUUAAAUGUAAACAGGUCUCCAUAGCCUUCCUGCAAGGGCAGUGCUGUGAGGCAGUCCAAGGUAGAGGAUGUUCCAGAGACUGAAGCUGGGCUGUUACUCACAUAGACACUUUAUAUUUGUUCUGAUUUUUUGCUGUUUUUUUCUUAAUCGGAAAUAAAGUUA